AUGAUAUUCCCCAAAGUCCCGAAUACUUUGGUGCCGGCUUCUGCUGCCGGAGAUUGCUAUCUUUUUGUUCUUGACCCGGUUUACCGCAAUGCGGUAAACCGGGUGCCCUAUCCGCUUCCGGGUUUUGCGUGCUGGUGUUGCUGCGUGGUGUACCCGAGCGAGGAUGCUACGCUUGGGCUGCCGCGUGGACGCGACCCCACAGAAGUCACAGGGCAUGAACCAUCAGUUUCACAAUACGUUUUCUUGGACUUCGUCUUGUCAAGUGUCCCAAUUCUCACUUUUGCACUGGUGGAACCAGCUGAAUUUGUGGUGUCUUGGCGACCACCACAAAGUCUAAUGCAUCCAGUGGCACUGCUAUCAUUGAUAUCAUUCCUUGGAUGGCAAGCUCUUGCCUACAUUGCUGCUUGGAAAUACUGCAUAAAGCAGCCAUGGUUUAUCCCGUACGUUGGAGCUCCAUUUUCACAAAAACCCAGUGCAGAAUCGACGACAAUUUUCUACACUGCUUCGUGGUCCUGCAUUGCAGCCGCAGUUACUUUUUCUCACGGGAUUCCAUUCAGAAAAACCGUGCUUUCCAACAAAUACUUUUCAUUGUGGGUUGUUGGAAACAUUUUGCUGACAGCGUGGUUCACUGUUCUACCACCAAAUCUGGUUGGAGAUUGGCUGCAUUUGAUUCAGAGUCCUCAUGUGGAAUUCAACAUUGUUUUGCUGCUGAUGGGCACUAUUAAUAUUUGUGUCAGUUUCUUGUGUGAGGUCGUGGUGGUCCAAAAACUGUUCGGUCGAUUCCUGUGGCCGAAAUUGAGACGCAGGUUCAAAUUCAAACAAUGUGAAAAAAUAGAAGCAGAACUCCGAGCCAAGCCCAAUUGGCCUCCGGUCGGUGUGGUCAGCACAGAAGACGUGAAAAAUACCUACAGCAGACAGUCUUCCAGUUAUAGUCGACAGUCAUUCCUUAGGGCAUCCACAAAGCAGCGGCAGUUUCUUCCUCCUGAUGACAUGAGGAUUCUGCCUGGAGUCACUCAUCACAACAACAGAAGGGGCCCUCGUGAGAAUGCAGAAGCGAUGAAAGACGGCGGCGGGUCCAGGUACCCGGCAGCAUCAGUGGAUCAGCCAGAUUACCAGCAGGAACCCCCCAGGGACGAUCCCAACUACGCUUGGUCUCCCGAAUUGGAUCCGAAUCCUGAUGGCGACAAAAGCGGCCCUGGGAACGGGGUUUUCCAAUGGUUCCGCGGGGCACAGAGGUCUUUCAAAACCUUCACUUCCGGAAGACGGGGCGAGUACAAAGUCGCCGAGGCCCGGGAAAGCUUCCGGCUUCGAGACGCAGUGAAUGGGACUGAAAUACAGCCUCUUAAGAGCGCCGAGGACACCGAUUGGCUUCCCUUGCCGCCAACUCCAAUAGCAAUUACUGAUGGAAGUCAACCAAAGAUGUUUCCCAUCGACAUUGACGACGAUGACGAAGAGCCGCCACCGCCGCCGCCACCAGCACCGACCGCCGCUGACGCGAUUGAAGAAGGGGACGACGAAGAAUCCCGUCGCGGGCGACCCGUGAAAAAACAACGGUCCUUCAUUUUCACGCAUGACGAUAUUAAUGAGACACUUCCUCUUUCUAAUUCUGCAAAAUCAUCAGCAACAACACGCGAAAACAUUUUGCAAUCACCGUCAGCAACGAAAUCCGGGCCUUCCGAGGAAAACAACUCCGUCAUUCCAAUUGACGAUCACAAUAAUAAAUCCGUGCCUCACAAACCCGAACGACGCGGCAUCAUCAGUGGUUCGAUGAAAAAUCGAGCAUUCGACGAGACUGGAGCGUCAUCUAGCGACGGCAAAAACCAGUCAUCGGGAAAUUCCAAAUCCGAAGACCAUGACGACUAUUACGAAGACGUCGGCAAUUGCAGUGGGUUAGAGUACUUUUCGCCGUCACGCACCAGUACUUCGAGUUUCCGAAGACCCACGUCACUUUUGAAAUCUGACGAAUACUAUUCCUGAUCGAAAGUAUUCGGAUUAAUAUCGCUAAUUUUCUAAAUCCUCGGAAUUAUUGCCUAUAAUUAUGCAGUCUCUAUAAUACCUGGAUAUUUAUUUGAAUUUUUUAUUUUAUCGUGGAAAAAUCUCGAAGAAAAAUGUCUUGAACAAAUGCGCAGCAGACGAAAUCACAAUACUGUACAGUAUACCGUACUUUGAAAUUUAAAGAAAUUAUUUUAUGGAUGAAAACAGCAUUAAUUGAGGUCAUAAAUUCAUGUUUUGGAAAUUUCCCUCUUUCUUACUGGAGUAAUAUUUUUGUUUAAAGUAAAUGAAAACGAGCAUAUACUCUUAAAAAUGAAUUUAAAUUACUUCUUAGCUUGUAUGAAGUUCAAAUUAUUACUCUUUCGCGUUCAAAACUCAAAUUGACAGACGAAAAAAAAUUGAAAUUGCACCCAAAUUCUGCUGAGAAAGUUUCUGUACAUUUUUAUUUGCAAUCAUUUCGCAUUUAUUUCUAUUCAUCUCGGAUUUUUGACUUAUUUGUUUUGAAUAUGCUUGCGGAGCAUCAUUUUAGUGACAAUCUUCGAGUCUUUAUUCAAUUAUAUGUUUUUUGAGAAUGGAAAAAUAAUUUUUGGAAAUACUGUGUAGACGCAAACGUUUCAAGAAACACGUACUGCAACGAAUGAGGUGCUGUUCAAAUUAUCACAAUAUUGAGCGCAACUUCAUUUAGAUUUGAAAAAUUCAUUUUGACUUAUUUAAUUUCCCGGAUGCAGUUUAUGUCAUCUUAUUUAUUUGCAGGUAUUUUAUUUCAAGUGUCGGAAUAAGUAUUCAUGUACGUUUGUAUAUAUUUGAUUUUUGUGCUCAAGAGUCAAGACUCAAGCUUUCUGACAUCGGAAAUUAUUUCCGGAAAUGACGUGUGCGAAUGAAAUCUUUCAGAGAAAA